AUGCCACCUUCUCUCGAACACGUCUUCACCAUCCAUGGCAUGAUCCAGAAGGAACAUGUUCUUCAAUUGCAGACCGUUAAAGGAGGGCCGCAGAGAGUCGUGGCGCCUAUAGGGAAGGGCUUUGUGAAGGGCAAAGAUUUCGAGGCGGAAAUCGUUCCUGGAGGCGCGGAUUGGAUGCUCAUCGACCCCACAACCUCCACCGCCCACCUCGACGUCCGCCUCAGCGCGCGCACCUCAACCUCCCACAGCCUCUCGAUCCACUACACGGGCGUCAUCAAGAUCGACGAGAAGUGCGCGGGUCCGAUGGGGUUUGACCCGAAGGCGGAGAGCACGCGGUUUGGGGACCACGAGUGGUUUGCGAACCCGGUUGUCGAGACGAGUAAUCCGGAGCUGAAGUGGAUGGAGGCGGUGUAUCAUUUUGAGAUGUAUCGAGUAUAA